AUCAGUGAAAAGCAACAAAACUGUGACUUUUAAAGAAAAAAUCUUGGACUGUCUCACUUUUUUCUUCCCUCAGACAGACGCCAUAUGCACGCCUUCAGGAGUCGACCCACUUUAGACUGGACAGACUGCUCCUCUGUCAUCUUUCUGUGUUUAUCUCUGGGCUCGAAAAGUUCAUCUUAGGCAGUAGUUAACACUUGAUGAAGAGAAAUCGUCCUGCACACUCGGGUGAACAUGUAGAGAUGGAUUGUAUGACGCUGUUUGGCACUUUUAUCGCCGUGUUUUUCCACCCUGGAUCCGCUUCUGAUAUAAUUGCCCAAAGGAUCUGUCGACACGGCACACAGCGCCCAUGCUACAAGGUGUCCUACAUCCAUGACAGCAGGCGUAGGCUGACCUUUGAGGAUGCCAGGCAGGCUUGCAGGCUGGAUGGAGGUGAUCUGCUCAGCAUUGAAACAGAGAGCGAGCAACAGCUGAUGGAGAGGUUUAUAAAAAGACUGCAGCCUGGUGAUGGAGACUUCUGGAUUGGGCUCCGUCGCAGCCCACAGCGCUACAGAGCAGAGACAGCAAGCCCAGGUUGUCCCUCACAGUACUACUGGCUGGACGGAAGCAAGGCCAAAUUCAGAAACUGGCAUUGGGACGAGCCAUCGUGUGGUAAUGAACUGUGUGUGGUUCUGUACCACCAGCCCUCUGCCCCACCUGAUGAAGAAGGUCAUUUCCUGUUCCAGUGGAAUGACGACAACUGCAACUCCAAGAACAACUUUGUCUGCAAAUACAGAGAUGACAAAGGACCAGUAUUUACUGAGGACACAGCACAUGCAGUUCCAUCUCUGAGGCCAGCCACACUUUCAACUACAGAAAUGGAUGAGAGGCUAAAAAUAGUACCAGAAUCAUCAGUGUCCAUCUCAGAUGAUACAUUAUAUGUUUCCUACAUCCUUUAUGCAACUAUUCCUGCUCUCCUCCUGCUGCUGAUCGCAGUUGCUGGAUUCUUCUGCUACAAACAGCAUGUUAAGAGGAGGAAAACAGUCACAGAAAGCUACCCAAGCAGAUCAAAGCCAUGGAUGUCUUCAUCAACACCAUCACCCUGCCCCAUACAAGGACCCUAUGCCUUCAGUGACAUUACCAAACUGCCUCACACCUCUUUGGACAGCAGCAUGCCUACAGACAUCAUGAGAAAGUAUAACCUUGCUCCAUGUCAGGACUACCAGUGUGACGAUUAUGAGAAUGUGGCAUCGGCAACCAGGGAGAGUGGCUUUGUAACCAAUGACAUCUAUGAGACCUGCAAAGCUCAGACUGGGUGGGUGGAAAAUGAGAUCUAUGGAUAAUACUGUUGAAACCCAUCUGGUCUCUGUGGGUGUCCUUUAAUCUCACACCAGCUAAUAAAUAUAAUCAGAGGACAGAGGAACAGAAGAUGUAUUCCAUCCCUUCAUUCUUGUACAGCUAACUGGUAACCUCUGUGGUGUAUGAUUACUAAACACAUGGCUGCGUCAGCGUGGACUCGGGUACUGCAUUUAACGGGUUCCCUAACUUUUUACCAACCAAAGCUCUUCAGCUAUUUAAGCAACAAGAACAUGUAAUGUGAUUCUUUGUGUUUUUGAACACAAAGGGAUUACAUUGGUUACAUCUAUUUUCAUAUAUUUCAAGUAUUUUACUACAUUAAUAAUAACAAAGCUCUGUUAGAACAGGGAUACUUGUAACUAAAUGUUGACCACAUUCACCAUCCUGGUUUGGUUAAUUAGCAUGCUAUUGUUUGCUAAUCAGCCCUAAAGAAACAUUUUCAAGUUAAGAAUGAUUUGAAUUUCAUUGUUUUUAGUUUUUAGCUUUAAACCAAAGUAUUAAACAGAUUAAAAGCCAAAUAUUGACCAUGUUCACCAUAUUACUUUAUUUUCUUUAGCAUGCUAGCGUUUGCCUAUUAGCACCUAACUCAAGGGUUGCGUAGAGCUAAGAAUGCUGUGAAUUCAAUUGGUCAUGGUAUUUAGUGCAAAACCAAAGUAUCAAGCAGAUACAACUCUUGGAUAACUUUACUUUGUGACAGUAAUGUUCAUUACAGUUCAUACGAUUAAUUCAAAAUCCUAAAUUAAACCUAGAGAUGGCUCUAAUUUGAGUAACUUCCCAGAAACACUGACGUUUUAGUUUCAAAGAGGCAUUGAUGAGCCCAAAUAAGCAGAUAUGAGUCAGCUGAGUUUAGCAGUGCAGCAGUGCUGAUACAUUUGACAUGGUACAUUACAAACUUAACCCCAGGAAGAAUUGCUAAUUCAGGACUCACGCAAGGUUACUCAUGUUGUAAACAAUACAAAAUUCAAUUUGUCAGCCAUUUUCCAGCCAUGACACCAUAUGACACAGAGACAUAAAAGAACCUGUUUACUCUCUAAGGGGAGUUGUCAUAUUCAGGAGACUACUCUGUCUCUUUCACUAAACCUGAGGAGUGGUGUUGGCCCUGUGAGGACUUCCUGCUUGGACUCUGAUGUCAGGGAACAGGACAGGACAUGCGGAAACACUGAUGACAGAACUCUGCUGACCGCAGUAAACCUCAAAGCUGUGGGCUUCCCCGACUCCACCUGACUGUGUGAGAAACUCAACCCUGUCACUGAUCUUUGUAGGGGUUUGUAACAUGUCAUGGACUCAUCCUUCAGUGUUUGUUUUUAAAAGAAUAUUCCUGCCUUGUACAUUUCUAAAGUAAGCAUGGCUAUAGAUUAUUAAACAUAAUACGGCUAUGUUAUUCCUGAGUGUCUACUGAGUGGGCUGUUGGGUCAUAGUGUCGGAAAGUUGUAGCAGGCCCAGUAAGGAGAGGCUGAGUGUGUUCUUGGAGAAUGUUAGACAGGAAAUGCCAAAAGCACAUCUGGAACUCUUACAUUCAGGAAGUCUAUGCGUGACAGCAGAGGCCUUCGCAGUGCUGCUCUGCCUGCCUGUUAGUAAUCCACUGUUCUGUGUUCACUGUCACUGCCUGAGCUGAAGAAACCACUGCUAGGUGUGAACAUGAGCUGUAGGCUAUUUCAAACAUGAUGUUGUUUGUGGGUGUCAAAUAAAGUUUGCUUACAAUUUAUUGUAUUUUCAUUCCUCUUUAAACCAUUAAAUGGUGUCAUAUAAA